GGCGUCUGAGGCGAAAUCUCUCGCUCCUCGCCGCUCUCCUUCUCAGCGCACUUUCUCUCGCGUUCUCUUUCCCGGCAGUCCAGUGGAGAUGCGGGCAGCGUCGCCGGCUGCCCUGCUGGCGGCUGUGGGCGCGCUGGCGUGGCUGGGUCCGCCGCCCGGCGGAGACUUCUCCUCCAAAGGCGGCUCGGCGAUGGUGGCCUCCGCGCAGACCGUGUGGACGGCGUGGCUGAACGUGACGUACACCCUGCCCGGCAUCAACGAGACCAUCCGGACGGUGGGCGAGAGCGGAGUCUUCGGGCAGGACUCACCGCUGCGCCGGGUGUCCGGGCUUCUGGUGGCGCCCGACAGGCCCGACGGCCUCAACGCCUGCAGCCCCCACACCAACUUCAGCCGGGCGCCUACCGGCGGCCCCUGGCUCGCUCUCAUCCAGCGCGGCGGGGGCUGCACUUUCGCCGAGAAGAUCCGCCUGGCCGCCGAGCGCGGAGCCAUCGCCGCAGUCAUCUUCAACUACGGCGGCGGGACAGGCAACGACGUGCAGCCCAUGACCCACCCGGGUACAGGAGACACAGUUGCUAUUAUGAUCAGCUAUUUUAAAGGCAGAGAAAUCCUUCGCAGGAUCGGGGAUGGCUUCCAAGUGACCAUGGUUAUUGAAGUGGGCAAAAAGCAUGGAUCGUGGAUGAACAGCUAUUCCAUCUUCUUUGUUUCUGUGUCCUUCUUCAUUGUAACAGCAGCCACAGUGGGGUACUUCAUAUUUUAUUCUGCCCGAAGGCUUAGACUUGCAAGGGCUCAGAACAGGAGACAAAGACAGCUGAAAGCAGAUGCCAGAAAAGCUAUUGGACGGCUUCAGCUUCGUACCCUGAAACAAGGAGACACGGAAACGGGUCCUGAUGGAGAUAACUGUGCUGUGUGUAUUGAAGUGUACAAACCAAAUGAUGUCGUACGAAUUUUGACAUGCAACCAUCUUUUCCACAAGAGCUGUAUUGACCCAUGGCUGUUGGAACACAGGACUUGUCCCAUGUGUAAAUGUGACAUACUCAAGGCUCUAGGAAUCGAGGUGGACAUAGAAGACAGAGUAGAAUCUUUCCCAGCUACAGUGUCCAAUGAAGCCUCUAACAUCCGUUCUGUUAACGAAGAAGAUAAUCAUAGUGAGACUGCAUCAUCUGGCUAUGCUUCUGUACAGGGAACAGAUGAGCCACCUCUUGAGGAACCCGCUCCUUCUGAGAGUGACAGUCUCCAUCUUGUGAACAGCACAUCCCAGCCUCCAGCUGUAGAUGUACUUCCACACCUUGACAAUCCAGGUUUCGAGGCAGAUGAAAUACAAGCAUGUGAUGCAAAGUCCUAAAUGGCCAUUGUAACAAGAUUGCUAGCUGCUUGUCAUACCAGCAUCAAGCCAUGUCAACUCUGAUAAAGCUACUGUAGCAGCAAUGUUGCCUUGAUGAUACUGAGAUAAAAUACAUGAUUUAAGACUGCAAUUACAUGGAGUGACCUGCCCACUACGUUUAACUUUAUUUUUUCUUCUAGUAUUAGUUUUAGUAAUCUUCAGAUAUAUGUCUUUCUUUCAGCAAGACCAAGAAAGAAAGAUCCUUACACCUAGCCAUCUGAGCACAACCACUUUUUCAUGUGGUGGAACUUCGUUCAGCCUACAGAAAUAUAAAUUGUGUAUCAUUUUUAAAAACUCCUGGUUUUUAAGUUAACUGUCUUAAUUUGCUUUAGUUUAAACAAGCACUAAGGUGUGUUUCUUUCAGAUUCAGUCUGGGCUAACAUCCCCUUAUAUCCAACUGACAGAGUGCCCUUAUUUUCAGUGCAGUGCCCAUGCUGCAUCAAGCUGCUAGACACCAACUAAUAACUAGAACCAAACAUACCUGUCACUGGCAGUACCCCUACAUCUACUUCACCUGAGCUUGUGAAAAAAAAUACUCUGGAUGAGAGGUCAAAUGUUUUACCUGCAUAUUUUACAGGAAAACAGGUGUUUUUAAGACAUUACCCAUUCCCCCUCCCCCCAAAUUACUUUGAACUGCUUUUAGUUUUCAAGCGGUGCAAACACUGCCUUAGCCCAGAAACCAGGCCUAUUCUAAAUAAACUGCUGCUCUCAGCUUUGUCAGAAGCUGAAUCUCUAUCAGAGAGAAUUUUUGUUGCUGCUCUUCUGAAGGAACAGUUAGAUAAAGAAUGACACCCAAAGAAUGCUGCUGAUCUGGGAAGCUAGCUAAAUCGGCAAUAAAUGGGUAAACUACUUCUAAAAUUGCUUAUUUAAUUAUGUGUGUGAUGGGGAAUUGGAUUUGGGCAGGAGAGGAAACAUGGGGUGCCUUAGCAUGGACUGUGCAACCUCAUCCACCAAAGUGAAUUACUACAUCAUCUAAUGCACUUUAUUUUAUUUUAUUGUUUUGCAUCUUCUGUGGUUUUGUUUUGCAUCUUCUGUGGUUUUGUUUCUAAUUACAAUUGCUAGCACAAAUUUGGCCCAAAGAACAGUAAUGAAUUCACUUGAAUCUAACAGGAGAAAGCAAUACAUUUUCCCCUUCAUUUUUGCAUAGUAUGCGAUAAAGUUGUAAAUAUUUGAUUUCUAUUAAAAAUCUUUGAAUACAAAAUGUAAAUAAACCUAUUCUAAUGCCUGUUUAGGAUGUUCACUUAUUUUUGAUAAUAA